AUGAAAAAACCGAGUCCCACACGUAAAUCUUUUAAAGCAUCACGCGGUAUUGUACUUGUAGCUGGUAAUGGCGAUACUUUCCAACGUGCACUUACUACCACCAAGUUAUUACGACAUUAUGGCUGUUCUUUACCUAUUGAAGUAUGGCAUUUAAAUGAUGAACAACCUAAUGAUACACUGAUGGUUCAAUUACUCAAAGUAAAAGCUUUACCUCGUGAUCUUUCUGAUCAUCAUCUGUUACGACCAAUUGAUCAUCGUCGUGGUGGAAAUAAACAGUUUCAGAUUAAGGUGGCAGCCAUCAUCAAUUCGGCAUUCGAACAGGUCAUCUACCUUGAUUCAGAUAAUAUCCCAACAAGAGAUCUCACUUUUUUGUUUGAUAUACCCCAAUAUAAAGAGACAGGUGCAUUGUUUUGGCCUGAUUUUUGGAAAACACAUGGUGAAAAUAGUAUUCAUGAUAUUCUUGAUGUUGAUUGCAAGGAUGAAUGGGAACAAGAGUCAGGGCAGAUGGUCAUCAACAAGUUAAAAUCUUGGUAUCCAUUACAAUUGGCCUGGUACAUGAAUGAUCAUCAUGACAUCUACUAUCAGUUUUUGAAUGGAGAUAAAGAUACAUUUCGAUUUGCUUGGAAGGCAUUGAAAACACCCUUUUUUAUGAAUCCAACGUUUUUAGGUAUGGGAGGCACGUUUGCAGGAGAUCGAUUUUAUGACUUGAUAGAAAAACCUUGGGAAUGGAUCAAAACUUAUAAAGAAAGUGAAAACAAUUUAUGGCUUUUACCUGAAUUUUAUAUUGGUAUGGGAAGAGCUUGUAUGGAUUUUCGAUCCGAUCAAGGCGAACCUUCAGCUGAAUUGAAAUCAUUUGAUGCUCUGUUAUCUGGAUUACAACAAUUGUACUUUAAGCUGGGUGGCAUUGGUGGUGAGACACGCAUCUAA